UGUAGUGUUGUUUGGUCUCAGUUUAUUUUGCUAGGCUACAGAGAUGUCUUCUCAGGUGUGCCAGAACUUCCAUGCUGACUGUGAAGCUACCUUGAACCAGCUGGUGAAUCUGGAGUUGAAUGCUAGCUAUGUUUAUCUGUCUAUGUCCUACCACUUUGACCGGGAUGAUGUUGCCUUGUGUCACAUGGCCAAGUUCCUGAAGGAGCAGUCCGAAGAAAAGUGGGAGCAUGCAGACAAGUUCCUGAAAUACCAGAACAAGAGAGGGGGGCGCAUCUUGCUGAAGGACCUCAAGAAGCCAGAGAAGGACGAGUGGGGCAACAGCCUGGAUGCCCUGCAGUCGGCCCUGCAGCUGGAGAAAAGGAUGAACCAGGCCUUGCUGGAUCUGCACAAGCUGGCAACAGAGAAGGGAGACCCUCAUCUGUGUGACUUCCUGGAGUCUGAGUUCCUGGAGGAAGAGGUGAAGGUCAUCAAGCAGCUGGGAGACCACCUCACAAACCUGAAGCGCCUGGGACUGCCCCAGAAUGGCUCAGGGGAGUACCUGUUUGACAAGCUCAGUUUGAAGAGCAGCAGCUGAAUCCUCUCAUCACUUUAGAAAAAGAGAAAAGUCA